UUUCAAUUAUAUUUUUGCAGUUUUAGACAAAAAAUUGUUACUAUACUGUACUGAAUAGCGUAGUUUUAAAGAAAUUGUUUCAUUUUUGGAAUGGCUUAGAAUCGAAACUGAAAAAUGAAAACUCAGAAAAGAUUUUACUCGUUCUGUAUUCUAUUUUUACUCUUUUCGCUUUUGGAUAUCGUCCUCGCAACGGUGCAAGACCCAACUUCUGGACGAUGUAUUGGCACCAGUUCGGGUCUUUCCGUGGGCGAGAAUCGGCUCGAGCAUUACUCAAAAAUGUACAAGCGUUAUAGGAACUGUACCAUUGUAAAAGGAAAUCUUGAAAUUACGGGACUUGUAAACCCGGAAUUGGACAUCAGUUUUUUGAAGGACAUUGAAGAAGUCACGGGAUACGUGGUGAUAGCUCUCAACUUUGUACCGUACCUACCUUUGGAAAAGUUGAAAAUAAUACGUGGUAGAGAGCUGUUCAAAGACAGAUACGCUCUGCAUGUCUCAAUAAAUAUGAACGAACAAGACAGCUCACAAGGGCUAAGAGAAUUAAGGCUCAAAUCUUUAACGGAAAUUGUGAGCGGAGGCGUCAAAAUGAAACGAAACAAUCACCUAUGUUUCACCAAUACAAUCAACUGGGACGAUAUAUUACGUAAAGAAACCAGAAAUAUGUACCGGGUCUCACUUGAAGACACUCCACCCCCAAGCUGUGGGAGUUGUGACGUUACUUGUGGCGGUGGCGGUUGCUGGGGUCGCGGGGCGUCUAUGUGUCAAGUGUUGACAUCCACCAUCUGCUCGGAACAAUGCGGCAACGCUCGUUGUAAAGGACCAGCGCGAGAAGACUGCUGCGACAUUGAAUGUGCGUCUGGAUGUACAGGACCAAGUGAUAAAGACUGCAUCACAUGUCUCCAUGUGAACAACACCGGUGCUUGUGAAUAUACUUGCCCCCCUGCUCGUAUAUAUGACCCACUGACGCAGCGAAAUAUCCCAAAUCCACAUUUCAAAUUCCAUUAUCACGACCAUUGCGUGGACGCUUGCCCAAGCAACUUGUUAGUAGAGGACAACGGCUGCGUCAAAUCUUGUCGCCGUGGUUUGCAUAAUGAUGGUACCGGGAAAUGUGUUCAAUGUAGCGAUGAACUUUGUAGUGGUGAUAAAGAAUGCUACGGCGUAAACCAUCAAGACGGCCCCCUAGCGAACAUUCGUACGGUCAACUCAAGCAACGUACAUUAUUUUCAAGGGUGUAAUAUCAUUAAAGGGAAUCUCAUUUUCCAGUCCUUUGUUUUUGUGGGAAUUAAACCGCACAAGUUGUAAGUAUAUGAAUGGUUAUUUUUUACAUGAAUGUUUUGUUUGGCAUCACAGGCAACU